UUCUUUUCAGUCGCAGAGCUGUCAAGUAUAUUUUUUCCAGUUCCAUCAUCACACAUCGAAAAUCGAAUCGACUGGAAAUCUAUUAAAAAUUACUUCCUAGCACAAAUCCGUAGUCCUGCACAAAUUUUAAAUUUUUAGUCAAAUUCAAUAAAAAAAUAAUUCUUCAUUCGAAAUGAAUGCAUCCAAAAUUGCUCAAUUUAACGCACUACGCAAAUUACUCAACCAAGUUUUGAUCAAACAAAAAACUCAACAAACUACCAUCCGCACAGCCACACACUAUCGCAGUGGAGCAUUGAAACCAAGGCCAGAAACCAUGCCUUUAGGUUUGGUUGGAGUUAUGUGUGCCGUAAUUCCUGGAUUAUUUAUUGGUGCAGCUAUUAGCAAAAGUGUGGCAAAUUUCCUGGAGGAAAACGAACUAUUUGUACCCGCUGACGACGAUGAUGAUGAUGAGGAUUAGAAGAACAAUAAAUAAAAUAAUAGUCCACGGCCAUGGUCGAUGACGAAACGAUGCGAUGCGAUGUGACCAAGUAAACCUUUUAAUUAUAGUUAUUUUGUUGAUAUAAAAGAAAAAUGUUGAUUCUCUCUUGAAGAAUAUUUUUGUCUUUUUAUUUAUUUAUUUUAAAAUUUGUCUAUAUAGAAGUCCAAAUAAAAUUAAUGUUGAAAAGAAAAACAGAAAA